AUGGGCUUAAGAACAUCCAAGUACCGUAUCACGAUCUUCGUCUCGGCAAAGGACUACAAUAAAUGCGAAAUCAUGUAUUUCGAAAGCCGGGUUCGCCAAGGAUACAACGACUACGACAAGCGUACCGUGUCGCCUCUUCCUCGAGAUGCAGCUGUUCCAAUCAUCAUGAAUAUCAGCAUAUGUUACUUUUAUGCAAGUGAGUAUGCACAGUAA